UUUUGUUGGCAUUAUGUAUUUUUUGUUUUACUGUUGGAAUGGACAAUUGAGUCUUGGUAAAGGCUUUUGUUUUUGAUGGAUUAAAGAAAUCCCUUGGAGAUUUUCUUACAAUAAUUCUCUUAAUUUAUCAUUUUUUAUUUUUCACUUUUUUUAGAUCAGUCUGUUUAUAUUUUAAAAUUAAAUGAAUAAAAUGGAUGACCAAUUGGCCGAAUGUCGGGAGAUUUUUUGUUAUUUUGACUCGAAGGGAGAUGAAAAAAUAAAUGUAAAGCAAGUUGGUGAUGUACUUCGAGCUUUAGGUCAAAAUCCAACUGAAGCUGAGAUUCACAAAUGUUGUGAAAAUUGGACUAAUCCGGAGGCACGUAUUUCUUUUGAAGAAUUUGUUCCCAUCUAUCAAGCAGUCAGCAAAAAUUCGGGACAAUUUACUAAAGAACAAUUCGUUGAAGGACUUUCUCAUUUUGAUCGAGAGGGAAAUGGGACUAUUGCUGUGGCUGAGUUAAAACAUUUGUUGACAACUUUGGGGGAACGUCUUAGCGAUGAGGAAGUUGAACAACUUUUGGCUGGUCAUGAGGUCGCUAAUGGUGGUUAUGUUAACAUUGAAUCUUUUGUUGAGGCUAUUAUUCACCGGUAAAUAGUGAAAUAAAAAACUAAUAAUUUUUGAAAUAUAACCAGAAUUUGGGGGUAAGUUUAAUAUUAGGCCAAAUAAAUAGGAAUUUUAAACUAUUGGGCUCCUAUUCACUUCUCCCUCUUUUAAUUUCAUGGAAGGCAAGC